CAGCUUACAUGGCCGCUGCCUGUCGUAUGUGAAGACAGAAAUGGAUGCUUAUAAAUUUGGUAAUAGUCGUGUUGAAAUUAUGUUGUAAAAUGUGAAACGAGCGAACGCUACCUAGUUACAGAUAACAAGAAGAUUUCGAAGAUGCGGUGUUCUGAAAAGCUUGUCAAUCGGACAGUGUAAUCUUGGUUUUUUCACCGGUUUUUUAAUCGUAAACAGUGCAGUGUGUGUCUCAUUCGAGCUGUCUCACACAUUGCUUGGCUUUGCUCAAAAUGGGCAAUCAUGGAUCGUGUUGUCGGUGUACUUCGAAAGCUGACAGAACCAAUCGAGAGAACGACUACAAAGUAGCAGACGGUGAACUUUCGCUGAAGGAUGAAAAUAGUGCAAAUUUACAACAUAUAAGCGAUCGAGAGCGAAAUGAAGAUGAUGAUCAGGAUCCCUCCUUACAUCCCACAACAAGUACAAUGUUUUUAACCAGAUCCCAAACUAUAGAUAAAAAGCAUCGCCACCAAGCCAUUAACCAUGUUAGCUCUACAGGCUCACUUCAAAAGUAUAGUUCCUGUUCUACAAUUUUUAUAGACGAUAGUACUGUUAGUCAGCCGAAUCUUAAGUCCACCAUAAAAUGCGUGGCACUUGCCAUUUAUUUUCAUAUCAAAAACAGAGAAUCAGAAUUAAGAUUAUUAGACAUUUUUGACGAGAGGUUACAUCCGUUAACACGUGACAGUGUUACAGAUGACUAUGAUAGACACGAUCCGGAACAUAAGCAUAUCUAUAAAUUUUUAAGAACCUUAUUUAAUGCGGCUCAGCUUACGGCAGAAUGUGCGAUUGUUACUUUAGUGUAUUUAGAAAGACUUCUAACUUAUGCAGAAAUUGACAUAUGUCCAGCAAACUGGAAGCGAAUAGUCUUGGGUGCGGUAUUGCUAGCGUCUAAAGUCUGGGAUGACCAGGCGGUCUGGAACGUGGACUAUUGUCAGAUACUAAAAGAUAUUACUGUAGAAGACAUGAAUGAGUUAGAACGAAAGUUCUUGGAGAUGUUACAGUUCAACAUAAAUGUGCCGUCUAGUGUAUACGCCAAGUACUAUUUUGAUCUCAGGUCCUUAGCAGACGCUCAUGAUCUAACCUUUCCUAGUGAACCACUCAGCAAAGAACGGGCGCAGAAGUUAGAGGCAAUGUCAAGAAUAUCAGAAGACAAGUUCAAAGACAUUGUCAAGGCCACUCUCAAACGAUCAGCCAGCCUAGAUGGGAUUGUCCCACGGCGAAGUGCCGCAAUAUUGUCAUGACAACAACUUGAGACCACUGUCCAAGCACAUCUUUGUCAAGUGAAUGUUAUGUUAUCUUGUCUGUUGUCAGCUGUAUCUCUACUCACCAAGAAUCCUGGAACAUUCCAUUUUAUUGUAGGUGGGCCUUUGAGACUUGUCCCUCGUUUUAGUGCACCUUUCUGUCAUUUUUAAAAAAAAAUCAGAUACCAAAGAAACGUGUCUUGAGGGUAUUAGCAAAUCAUCACUAAGAUGACAUUUUACAAGACAUCUGUCUCCAUCAUGAGACUGCACUAACCCUACCUGGAUGAACAAAGUUAUUUGUCAAUAUAUAAUUAUGGAGCUAUAAAGUCAUGUGACAUGUAUUGACCAAUAGAAGGGCAUGUACUAUAAGUCUAGCUUGUGAUUGGAUAAUCUUUUAA